AUGGCGGAUGAAGUGGAUCUGAGUGACCUGGCGGCGGAGCACUCGCUGUGUGCGUCGAGGGAGAAGGGCGGCAUGGUCGGGUGGAUCUCCAAAGGCUCCACUGAGCCGGAGUUUGAGGAGGCGGCAUUCAAGGCGAAGCCGGGCGAUGUGGUGCGGUGCAAGACAAAGCACGGCUGGCACCUGCUGCAGGUGCUGGGGGACAGGCACGCAGCGGUGUUGGACCAGGUGACGGUGGAGGAGUUUGCUCGCCGCCUCAACGAGGAGUAUGUGCUGCCGCCGCCGCAGGGGGGUGCAGCGGGCAGGGGGGGCGCUGACAGCGAGGGGCGGUCGCUGGAGGCGGAGCUGGCGCAGGCGCAGGCCGAGAGUGAGGGGAGGCGCGCCGUGCAGCUGGUGGACGUGCGCGAGCCCAGGGAAGUGGAGAUGGCGGCCAUCCCCGGGUUCACAGUGCUGCCGCUCAGCCAGUUCGGCCAGUGGGGUCCGUCCAUUGCUGACACGCUGGACCCUCACACUGACACCUACCUCCUGUGCCAUCACGGCAUUCGCUCGCAGCAGAUGGCCCACUGGCUGCAAUCCCAGGGCUUUACACGUCUGUUCAACAUUGCCGGGGGCAUCGAUGCAUACUCGCUCAGGGUCGACACCUCCAUCCCCCGUUAUUAG